AUGCACUCCGAGGCCGAGGAAUCCCGGGAAGUGGCCACAGAUGUCUUUAAUUCCAAAAACCUGGCCGUUCAGGCACAAAAGAAGAUCUUGGGUAAAAUGGUAUCCAAGUCCAUCGCUACCACCUUAAUCGAUGACACGAGCAGUGAAGUGCUGGAUGAGCUGUACCGGGUGACCAGGGAGUACACCCAGAACAAGAAGGAGGCCGAGAAGAUCAUCAAAAACCUCAUCAAAACCGUCCUCAAGCUGGCCAUUCUGUACAGGAAUAACCAGUUCAACCAGGAUGAGCUCGCGCUGAUGGAGAAGUUCAAGAAGAAAGUCCAUCAGCUUGCCAUGACCGUGGUCAGUUUCCAUCAGGUGGACUACACCUUUGACCGGAACGUGCUGUCCAGGCUGCUGAACGAAUGCAGGGAGUUGCUGCACCAGAUCAUUCAGCGCCACCUCACCGCCAAGUCACACGGACGGAUUAAUAAUGUCUUUGAUCACUUCUCAGAUUGUGAUUUCCUGGCUGCCUUGUAUAAUCCCUUUGGGAAUUUCAAACCCCACUUAAAAAAACUUUGUGAUGGCAUCAACAAAAUGUUGGAUGAAGAGAACAUAUGA